AUGCCCGCAUUCUGGAAUAUCUUGAUCGAGGCGAGGGCACAAGGCAUGUGCUUGCAGAAUCUUUCAUCCCAUGGGACCUACAUUCUGAACUCAGAAUUCCAUAAGGCUCAAUACAAUGAUGUCCUGGGUUUCUUGGGUGUGAGGCCAAUCGACAAUGAAUGGUAUGCAACAUGCAUCAAGAGCUUGAAUCUAGUAAUGGGUGUUUCCGAGGAUCUUUAUGUGGAGCUGCUAUCCUUUCUCGCAGACAAUUGGAAGAUUUUCAGGAAGACUGAUAUCAGUAACAUACCCCUACUGAAAUACGUUGAUCGGAACUGCAAGCAAUCCUUGUUAAGCAUCAACUACGGAGCCAAGACGCAUAGCAAUAGGAUAUGUUUUUCAUCCAACGCCAAACAUGUUUCGUGGCUUAUCAAUUGGAACCAUGAAUUCCGAUGUGCUACAGACUGUUUCUUCAUCCCAAAAAGCACAGACAAGGCUUUCAGAUUGUCUCCGAAGAAGAAAACAAUAUGGAAAUGGCUUCUUCAGUAUGCUAGAGUGCGCAGUCUGACUGUAUUUAGAUACGGAAAUCUUCUCGCCAAUGCAGUGAGGAAUGAUAGACAGCUUGUUAUAGCUUUCACCCACUUCUUAUAUCACUCCCUCUCAAAGAAAUACUUCUCGGAACAGGAAGUCUCUCAGCUGUGCGCCAACAUGCCGCUUGUAGAUAAUUACAGCCAGGUGACUGCACAAAGGAGACGGGUCCUCGUCCCUGCCGAUGGCAGCAAGUGGGUUGGAUUGCUGUGUUCGAACCCGUGGAGAGGAGAGAAGUACGUCGAACUGAGUGAAGAUUAUAUCCAGGAGGGCUAUUUUGCAGGUCAACAUUCGUCCAAGCAACAGCUGAUGAAGUUCAUGGAGGAUUAUGUUGAAGCUUCUGACAUACCCAAUCUCUGUCCUCCUGAUGCUGCUUUCCCUACUGUAUCAUCUCUGUUGACAAAGGAAAAUGCGUUUCUGCUCUUGGAAUGGAUUCAGAAUUUGAUAUCUAAGGGGGUGGAGAUUCCUGGCAGGUUCUUGCAAUGCAUCAAGGAGGGGAGUUGGCUGAAAACGUCUGUCGGUUACAAGCCUCCCUCAGAAACAUUCCUAUUGAGCUCUGACUGGGGAAGCCUACAUCAGAUGGAGUCUGUGCUGGUCGAUAUCCCCUUGAUCGACCAGGGAUUCUAUGGCUACAGGAUCAAUUACUACAAGGAAGAGCUGAGAAUAAUGGGGGUAAUGUUCGAGAAUGGGGAAGUGUGUCAGUUCAUCGGCGACUGGCUCACAAAGCUAGCCAAUUCCACGAGGCUAACGAGAGGGAACGUGAUAUCGAUGUUGCAGAUGAUAAGGUUCAUGCAGGAGAAUUAUUUGUUACGGGAGGAAUUCAUCAAAAGUGUCAAAGACGGGCAUUGGCUACGGACUAUUCAUGGUGACAGAUCUCCGGUGGGGUCUAUUUUAUAUGGCCCCGAAUGGAAAGCUGCAUCAGAGAUCAGCAAUCUGCCCUUCAUCGAUGAAGAAUACUACGGCGAAGAUAUACUGUGCUAUAAAACAGAGCUUCAGUUGCUUGGUGUUGUAGUUGGCUUUGAUGCGAAUUACCACAUAGUAGUCAAGCACUUUGACUUGCCUAUGUCUUUAACUUCUCUGUCAGCAGAUAGUGUUCUUUUGAUAUUCGAGUGCAUUCGAAAUUCAAGAUCGUCCAACAAGAUCACAAGGAAGCUUAAAGAUCAGAAAUGGUUUGAUCCUGAAUGGAGAUGCCUUUUGAAGAUUGUUAAUGAAAUGCCAUUGAUCGAUGAAGGAUUUUAUGGGAGUGGGAUCCGCUUAUACAAGGAUGAAUUGGAAGCGGCUGGGGUAGUUGUAACACUACAAGGAGUGUCUAUGGCAGUCACUCGUCGUUUCAAAGAGCUCACUAAGACAUCUUCCAUUGGAAAAGAAAAUGUGCUAGCACUGCUAGCAUGUUAUCGACACCUAAAGGAAGCAAAACAUAGCUUCCCCCCAGAGCUAUUCAACUGCAUACACGAAGAAAAAUGGCUGCAGACCCGCUCCCAUGGCUUGCAAUCUCCAAAGGAAUCAAUACUGUUUGAUGCAGAAUGGGAAUCUAUCUGUGCGAUCGCGAUCCUCCCUUUCAUCGACGACAGCGAAGCAUGCUAUGGAAAAGAUAUCCAUCAAUAUAGAAAUGAGCUGAAGGAUUUUGGCACUGUAGUCAAAUUCGAAGAUGGAUCGAGGUUCGUAGCUGCCAGUCUUAGUAUUCAAAACCCGAGAGAAAUAACUCCCGCAAGCGUGCUGUCACUGCUGAAAUGCAUUCGGUGCUUACAGGAGCAGAGCAGUGCCUUACCAGAGAGUACUGCCUUACCAGAGAGUAGCUCCUUACCAGAAAGCAGCACCAUACCAGAGAGCAGCGCCAUACCAGAGAGCAGCACCUUACCAGAGCAGUUCAUGCAACAAAUCAAUAAGAAGUGGCUGAAGACCCAUAUGGGUUAUUGA